AUGUUCUUGAAGGCUCCCCUUCUCCUUGCCUUUUCGGCUGUUCCAUUUUGUUUAGCCCAGGAUGCUUUGCCCUCUCAGACUCUCAAUCCAAUUGAUGGUAUAAGAGUCGCGGCUAUUAGACCAACCGAGGCUGGCCAGAUCGGCAUUGAUCCUGUCGAUAUUCCACCUGAUGAGAGCAUGAAGGCGCCAAUCGGUGUUGAUACACAGUACCUUACAGAGCUCGUUACAGACCAGCAGACAAAGACAGCAUGGGUGCAUUCAGAAAGCGCUUUCGGCGUUGCCACGAUCACAACUAAGGGCCCGGAUGGCUCGCCGCAGACAACCACAAUUCCCGAAGGCUUCCGUGUGGCCAUGGUUGACGGCAAGGUUGAGGUCACCCUCAGCCAGUGGCUCAAGGAUAAACUCAACGGCCUGUCCCAGCAACUUCCCAGCUGUUCACUUAGGAAACGCCGGGAAUGGGACUACCGCCAACAUAACGUCAUCGAACGUCGAGCACCUCCCGACAUUCCUUGUGUACGCCAGCGUGUGAAUCGCCUGAACCAGCUGCUUCGCGAAGAUCCCGACACAAUGCGCCAGAUGGUGCGCCUCAAUGAGCAGGUAGCCCAGGCGUCGGGCUCUGAUGCUGUUGCUCUCGCAGAGAGCGAGCAAAUGAUGGCCUUUGCCGAAGAGGACAUUGUUUUCGAGAUCAUCCAUGUCUACGAGGUUGUGGAGAUUACCCCGACGGCUGGUGAAUUGUUGGCUACCGUUGGAGAAGGGGUCCUCGGCGUACUCGGAUCCAUUGCCUUCUUUUUCGGCACGGUCAACAUUCUUGAGGACUUGUGGAAGCUGCGCGCCGAUCCGCAGCCCAUGCCUUUCUUCAAAAACAACAAGCCCAAUGAACCAUCCGAUCCCGGGUCCUGUCCCGAAGCCCAACCAGCUUGUGAGGGAGAGCGUUGUAAGGGCGGCAGCAACGCAAAGUGCACAGCCGAGUGGAAAGACUGCGAUUGUGUUGUGUCGUCCGUGACGUUUGAGGAUGGGGCUUUCUUUGGUGACGCCUGGGAAGCUGUGGAAGACGAGGUUUCGCAAUUCGUCUUUGGCUCUGACCCAAAUGCUGAUAUCCCGAAGCCAAACUGCCAAGUAGGGACUGGCGAAGAUAACACCCUGGCAAACGUUGAGUCUGACGUUUGGUCAAAACUACUCGAUAACCUUUGCGUUGGCAAGACCUUGCUCUCAGGCGGCAUUCAUGAGACAAAGAAGACCUCCGAUAUUGGGCUUACAUCAUACGAAGGGUGGGAGUUUGAGUUCAUCCUCGAAAUGAGCCGUGAGAAAGACUGCUCAGCCUACAAUUGCGUUGAUGUCUUCGGAAAAUUUACCUCAUGCUCAUACGACUCGCACACCAAGUACAAAACCGGUGAACUCCCGCUCGACUGCGGCACUGCCAAGUACAUCAUGCAUGACCCCAAGGACUCGGAGCCAGAGCCUGAUCCGACCCCCGCCCCACCGCCGAAGACGUCCCUUACGCUCCAGAACGACUUCUGCUACGGCCGCGACGACUUCGGCAGCCACGGCGACGUGCAUGAGAGCUGGGUGUCGCAGUACAGUGGAUGGGCUUGUGCCGGCACGGCGCUCAAGACAGUGCAGGCCGGCAAGCCCGACACCUUCUUGGAGUUCUACACCGUGACCAAUGACGCACCUUACUGGUACAAGGUUUGGUGGAAGGAUGGCUGUGAGCUUGAGGGCGGCCAGACGGAGGCAUAUGCUUCCAAUCCGCUGAUGGAGGAGAACCCAGGAUAUACCAAGUGCCAGGAGAUCUUGAUCGACAACUACAAGAGGUGCAACAAUGGAGGCGUAGGCGGCAAUAUCCAAGCCGGGUGCCUGGUGUAUGAGUUCAAAGCUCAGCGCAAGGAGUAG